AUGGCUCCUACUAAAGUCAAGUGCUUUGCUUGGUUAGUAAUCACGAAAGCUUGCCUCACUCAUGAGAUCCUGCAGAAAAAGGGAUUGCCAAUUGUGUCGAGAUGCAUGUUAUGUAGUGAGGCUAGAGAGACAGAUAAUCAUCUGUUUCUCCAUUGUAAAGUCGCAUCUCAGCUUUGGACUAUGUUCCUCAGUUCAACAGAGACAAAAUGGUCAAUGCCAGAGCACACAGCAGACUUGUUAAGUUGCUGGAUUAGGAGAGGGGGAAGCAAGACACAGAAGAAGUGGUGGAGAAUAAUCCCACACUGUAUCUGGUGGACUAUCUGGAGGGAGAGGAAUGGAAGAAACUUUGAAGAUAGAUUCAACAGCAUUCAGAAAAUCAAAGGGAGCUGCAUUGCAACUUUCUACUUUUGGUGUAAAGAACAUUGUAUAGAAAAUGCUGAACAAUUAGUAGAUCUUUUAGGAUUACCGUAA